GAAGACGUUUUAUCCCUACAAAAUUCUAUCUUUAUAGUUUUAUAAUUAAAAAAAAAAAGCUUAGAUUGAGGUAAAAAUACUAGCCAUAGUUCCUGACAAGGGAAGAGGAGUAUCCUUCUCCUGUCCGCUCAUCCUGAAUUCCCGUUUGAUUUGUCAGGGGCCUCUUCACAAAAAUCUGUUUUUAAAAACUUGGAUGAAAAUACUUCAAAUGGCAUCCUUGGGAUUCUUUCCUGCUACAGAGCAACUCCCUUGGUACAACCAAAAAGACCAGUGUUUACUUUUCAUUGAAAGUGAAAGAACCUAAAAAGGAGACUGGAACAACGCAGUUGGGAAAGUGAGAGAAAAACCAAGAGUGUGUGUAAUCCUGGAAGCCAUUUGAGAAUGGCACCCACUUGGCGUACCAGCAGUUGAAGAACUUAAGGAGAGCAUCUAACCUUAAUCUCCUCAGCCACUGAGAGUCUGCUCUGGGAACCAUUAGGCACCAUGGGAAAGCGGGAUAAUCGGGUAGCCUACAUGAAUCCUAUAGCCAUGGCCAGGUGGAGGGGCCCAGCUCAGUCUGCAGGCCCGACAAUACAAGAUUAUCUCAAUCGCCCAAGGCCCACGUGGGAAGAAGUGAAGAAACAAUUAGAAAAUAAAAAGAAAGGCUCCAAGGCAUUAGCUGAAUUUGAAGAGAAAAUGAAUGAGAAUUGGAAGAAGGAACUAGAAAAAAGCAGAGAAAAAGUAUUAAGUGGAAAUGAGAGUUCAUCCAAAAAAAGAGAACGAAAGAAAAAGAAAAAGAAGAAAUCUUGUCGGUCUUCAUCUUCUUCAUCAAGCUCUGAUUCUUCAAGCAGUUCUUCAGAUUCUGAGGAUGAAGAAAAGAAACAAGGAAAAAAGAGGAAGAAAAAGAAGAAUCGUUCACACAAAUCAUCAGAAAGCUGUACAUGUGAAUCUGAAUCAGAGAGCAAAGAAUCUGGAAAAAAGAAAAAGAAGUCAAAGGAUGAAACAGAGAAAGAAAAGUAUAUAAAUGUCAGCAGAAAAAGAAAGAAGACUUACCCUGAGGAUAAGCCUUUAUCAUCAGAGUCCUCAUCAGAAUCAGAUUAUGAAGAGGAGGUACAAGCGAAAAAGAAGAGAAGAUAUGAAGACAGAGAAAAACCAGCAGAAAAAGCGAAGAAGAAGAAGAAGAAGAAGCACAAGAAACAUGGUAAAAAGAAGAAAAAGAAGUCGAAUUAAGUCACGAGUCAGGAUGACAUCAAGAAGAAAAAUCAAGAUUUCCUUAUUUUAAAAAAGCAAGGUCUAAAGGAAAUUUCAACUGUGAAUGUUAGGGCACAUUUACCAAAAUGCAUGUCUCCCUGUGUUAAUAGAAUUAUUAUUGGACUUUGAGUUGCCAGUCAAAUGCCAUUGUGCCAGAAAGGGCCAUAAUUGUUGUCUGCAGCUUAAAUAUUGGAUUUCGUUUGUGUGUUUUUCCUUACAGUGUUUUAAUUACUCUGAGAGCUAAAACCCUGUUGUCAUACUAGUGGUUAAAAUGUUUGGAAUUAAAAUGUUUUAGAUAAUUUUGACAAAGUAUAUCUAAUGUUAAAACUAUCUAAUUUGGAUACAUCUUUAAAAUACAGUCUGAAAUACAGUCUAGACCUCUAUAGUUGACAUUUUUGAAGCAUAGAUUUAACAUUGAUGUCUCAAAAUACUUACUUUUGAAGAUAAAUUUAGUUUAGUUUACUUUUCUCCUUAAUAAAUUUUUUGUUUACAUGUGGAAAGGGCUUGUGGGGGAAAAAAUGUUUGCUAUCACUUUGGCUAGCUGAAUAGUGUGCCUUUGAUCCUUAUACAUUCUAUUUUUGCCAGUGCAGCAGCCAUUCUUUUCUUACUUAGUGAAAUUCUGGGAUGUUGUUGUAUGCUGCUUCAAGUGAACAAGAAAGACAGCAACGUAACAGUGUAAGUAAGCCCCCGAUUCUAUGAAAUUUACCUCUACUUCAACAGUACUGAAUAGUAUUUAGCAUUAGAGUGUUACAUGAUUUGAUUUAACUUUGAUACCCUUUGGAAGGGAGUAAUUUUACAUAGACCCUGGUAUUUUUUGAUUAAUAAAGAUUCUGAAAUAUUUUGCAUGUUUUAUACUAUUAAGUUUUGAUUAUCCAGGGAUAUUCUAUAUAACCAGUAAUCCUUUUUUUAUAUGAUUUAUGCUUAAGAUACAAGUUUCAAGUUUGUAAUUCUUAAUCUUACUAUAUUCAUUUCAUUACUGUGUUUAAUUGCACACUUGCCAAAAUAGCAUAUAAAAAGAAGGUUUUUUAAAAAUAUUUAAUGCCUUCAUAUUGAAGCUGGUUUACUGUAAGCAAGUUGAGUGCCAGACCUCUAGUACGCUGUAUGUCUUGUUACUUAAAACUACUGCCACACUCUUAGUAAAUGUGCUGUGUAAAAGUUUGUUGUCUUAAGCAUUAAUAUUGAAUUAAACUAGGAGUUAAAUUUAGGAUAUAAUGACAUCAUUGGUCUUAUAUUUUACUAAGAUUUGGUGCCUCAUUUCUGUUGCUGAUUCACGUUUACCACUAACGCUGAAAUGAGUUGAAAAUUAUUUUUACUUUACAUUUUUAUAUAUCAGAGUAAUGUGAUUUAUAAAUUGGUGUCUCAAAAAACACCUGUUGCAGAGGUUAUGCUAAUUGUAAUGUCGUAUGUACAAAAUAUUUUGGCAUGAUGAGACAGUCAAUAGCUAUUUUUUUAAAUAGCUGAUUUCAUGUCAGCUCCUUUGAAUCUCAAGCAAAAUUAUUAUAAAUGUAGAAAUCAUCUAAUAGAUAAAUAACAUACUGGCCACCAAAAUUUUGGGAGUGGGAAUACCAAAAUCUCUCAAUAAGGUUCUUGGAAAAUUAUAAAUGUAAUGCCAUGUCAGAUCACCUUAAAGCUUCAUAACAUCUGUUUCCUAAAAAUAUAUAUCUAUAUACUGAUAAAAUUAUUAUAUUUAAGGGGUAUUUUGUAUCCAUAUAGAAUUUUUCAAAAUUGUUGUUCAUUGAAAUUUGGAAAAGCUUAUAUUAUUUGUAGAAUGUGGCAAAGAUAUUAACAGCUUAUGAAAUAUCUAUGUGCUCCCGUCACUUCCCAGCCCCUUGUAGUUAGGCAACGCCAUUUGACUACUUCUAGCAGAGGGAUUGCAGAGAGAUUGUAAACAGAAGUGAUGUGUUGUUUCCAUACUGGAACAAUAAUAAGUCCUGCGUGGAUCCUCCAGCUCUCUCUUUACCUGCCACAGUGACCUGAAAGCACUGUGCUCCAGACGGCAUACCUACAAGAGUGAUGCAACCUGGAUCUCUAAGUCACGGUUUGUAAGGGACCUGCCCUGGAGGGUUGAUGGACUUGCAGUGAACGGUU